CCGCCCUGCCCGCUGGGAUGGCGGUGGGGGAAGCCGACCAGACACCGCGGAGAAGGCAGGUUGGUGGGCGGCCAUUGCGGCGCCGGGGCCAGGUUCUCCCUCCCUCAGCCGCGCGGCUCCGCGGAGGGAUUUCCCGCCCCCGCCGACACAAAAUGGAGGGGCUGCGCGGAGGCGUCGUCGCCCCGCCAAAGUCCCGGCGGCGCGAGGGAGGCUGCUGAGGGCCGACCCCUCUUUUCCCCUCAGCCGUGCGCCACCGCCGGUAAAUGCCCAGCAACCGCCUGAGCUGAGGUGUGUUUCUUCACGGCACGACAGGUCCCAAAGCCUUCCACUCCAGCUCGGCCUGCAGACCUGACAGGAAUCAGGUUGAUCAAAAAUGACCAGCAGCAAUGGCUGGCUUCCGAGUGCUGGAAUCCCCACCUUUGACCCCCUGCAAAAGAAGACUUUGCCAGCUCGGGCUCUUAGGCAGCCGCCCUCAGAGACGAUUUCUCAGUCUGAGCCUGUAAAGCCAAAACUGCCACCUUCUGAGAGGUGCAGUCUACCAAAGGAGAUGCAAAAUCCAGAUCAUGCACCCCUGUUGUCACCACUUAGUCCAAAGAAAGCCCUGGAGGAGUUUAUUGCAAGAUACAAACAGGGAGCAAUAAACCCAGUAUCUGCCUUGCAUCAGUUUGCACAAAUGCACAAUGUACCACUUGAGUUGAAAGAAACUAGCGUGGCAGGUAAUAUCAUAAGGCCUUAUUUUGCCUUUUGUGCUGUGGUAGGCGGUGUUAGCUACAAGACUGGACUGGGAAAAAACAAGAAGGAAUCCAAAUUAAAUGCAGCUAAACUGGCUCUUGACGAGCUACUUAACUUGGCCUAUACAGAGGAAAAGGCUUCUGAGAAUUCAGAUCAUCCCUGUAUUCCUGCUGAGCACCAAACUCCAGCAAACUCUGUUCGUGUUUCAAGGAUCUGUUUUGAAGGAAGACAGCUUAUAUAUCAAAAACUUUCAGAAACGCUUAAAGAAGUAUUUAACAGCCUGACUACCAAACAUCCUGAGUACCAAAGUUGUGGCAGUUCGCUGGCUGCCUUCAUCAUUGAAAAAGGCGGACAGCAUGAAGUUGUAGCGCUAGGAACAGGAGAAUGCAAUUACAGUCAGUGCUUUCAACCUUGUGGAAGAGUGUUGUAUGACAGCCAUGCCAUUGUUAUUGCAAGACGUUCUCUACUUCGGUAUUUUUAUAGACAUCUUUUGCUGUUCUAUAAUGAAAAUCCAUCAAGGACAGAGAAAUCCAUAUUUUGCACCGCACCAGGCUCGAAGCUGCUUACCCUGAAGCAAAAUACAACUAUCUUUCUCUACAUGAAUCAGCUUCCAAAAGGAACUGCUCAGUUAAAAUCACAGAUACAUCUCAAUCCACAGUCUAUAUCUGCUUACGAAACUAAUGAAGAACUGAGUCUCCAUGUUGCUAUAGAAGGCAAGAUUUACCUAACUGCUUGUUGUCCACCUAAAACCAUUAGAGCAAGCAGUAUGUCAGCUAGUGACAAAUUAACAAAAUGGGAAGUGGUUGGUGUUCAGGGAGCCUUACUGAAUCACUUCAUUGAACCAGUAUAUAUCAACAGUAUUCUUGUUGGAAAUGGAAAUUGCAAGGAUACAAGAGGGCUAGAAAUAGCUAUAAAACAGCGUGUUGAUGAUGCGCUUACAUCAGAGCUUCCUAUGCCUUACCUGGUCAACAGAUCUCAUAUUUACUUGGUAACUGCUGCACACCCAAUUCAAAUAGAUGUUGAACAGAGGUUUCUUAGUUUGAAUUGGUCGUUGUCAGAUUCAUCACUGGAGGUUGUGGAUGGAUUAAAUGGAAAAACCACUGAAAGUUCACCAUUCAAAAGUGGCACUUACAUGGCCAGUCGCCUUUGCAAGGCGGCAAUGUUCAGCCGUUUCAGAUUGCUUGCUAAGAAAGCAGAGCGGAAUGAUUUGCUUCAAGUUGCAACGUACCAUGAAGCUAAGAUUCAAUCUGAAUUGUACCAACAAGCUAAGAACUUGCUGCAAAGCUACUUGGAGCAACAUAGUUACGGAUCCUGGAUUGUGAAGUCUCCGGAUAGCGAACAGUUCAGUGACUGACUGUGAGGCGGGUUGUACGUGAAGUCAGUUGGGAUGAUUUCUUGCAGUAAAAUGUCAUUCUGAUUAGUAAAAUGUUUAGCCGUAGGGUUCGUAUUUGCAGCAAGAAAAUAAUUUCAGAGGUUUUUUUGUCAAUUUAAAUGCUGUUAUUAAACCAUCUGUAACAGUUUAGUCUUUUCCAAAAGUUGAUGUUUUCUUACAGAUAGGAGUAUCUAACAGCUUUCCAUAUCUGUUUUGUUUUGCCCACCAAGGCCACCUCCCUCACCUCCACUCCCACCCCAUGGAGUUACUAACAUGUUUUUUUCCUUGUAGUUUCAGGAUUGAUGUGUAUUGAUUUCUUCUUUUUCCUCACCUUUUUCAUAACUGUCUUUGAGAAAGAAAAAAAAAAUCAGUAAAAGUUGGAUCUCUUUGAAAAAAAAAAAAAGGUAGACCAAUGUGAGAAUCGCUCUGAGAAACAAAAAUUGGCAAUCUGUGCUUUAUCUGUAGGCAUCCUUUCCUGGUCAUUUUUAGACUUUUGUUUAGCAUGGGUUUGCCAACUGGCUUGUUGUUUACUGUAUAUUGUUUGUAGUAGAAGGGUUAAAAAUAAUCUGUGUGCUUCCAAAUAUGAAACUUGGAAUUACCAAACUGUUACUCAACCGUUUGGUGACAGUUGGUAUUUUUGAUAGUGGAUAUAAAGCAUUAUAAAGGUGUCAAACCUGUUAAUUACAGAUAGUGUGAUGUAGUACAGAAUUCACCAGAAACAUGGCCCCUUCAACUUCUGUGAGCUCCCCUGAAAACCCAUCAGAUGUUAGUGCUUGUAGAUGAGUUGGAUUUCUUCACCCACAGACUACUUUAUCCUGUACUGACGUGUCCUCACAAAAUUGUCUGCAUACAGAAUAAUUUGAAAAAUGUUGCCUAUCGAGAGGGAAGUUGCUUCCUUGUGAGUGAUGGUAAGAAUAUGGUAACAUUAUGAUAAUGUUUAAAAGGAUGUUGUUAAGUACCAUACUUGGGGUUUGUGUGGUGUGAAACGUUAGUGUAUUUGAGCUAGACUGUACACUUCCAUUGUGUUACUCGAUGUUGGUAUUAUCAUACAGUGGGAAGCUGUUAUGUGGUGUUUACAUACACCAGUAGUAGUAUAGGGCUGUAGUCAUGUUUCAGCUUCUUAUCACAAGAGGAUUCUAAAACAAAAACCUCCUUCUGGUGUUUUUUUUUUCCUUACUCUGUUUUUCUAAGUACUGUGUGGAGUCUUCACUGGAGCCAAUCUUAAGUUGAUUUUCAAGUUGUUGAAACUUACUGGCUUGUUACUACCCUGUCCUUGACCUUUG